AGUAGUAGCGCACAGCUCGCCGACGGAGCAGCACGCGAUGAUUGCUGUGGCGCUGGGCGUGUGGCUGUGCGCGCUGGCGUGGCCCGGGGUGGGAGCCAGCGUGCAUUGCGCGCUGCGGCGCGAGAUCUCACCGUGCACGUGCCGCCGUGAGGACGCCGCCGGAGCGGUGCUCGUGUUGUGCCAGCGGAUCUCUUCCUACCGCGACGUCGCGCGCGCCCUCACCGACAAGUUCAGUCCGGAUACUAAGAUCGGCCUCGACAUCUCGCACUCGCGCCUUCCUGACUUCGCUGACCACACUUUCCGGGAUCUCGGCCUCUCCAUGACCAAACUCAAGCUCAACUUCGACAACCUGAGUGAGCUACGCGAAAGCGUGUUUACGAAGCUGGAGUUGCUGGACUAUCUGAGCCUGGCAGACAACUCUUUGGCGGACAUGCCGCGACACGUGCUGCGUCACUUGCCUCACGUUCGCACGCUAGAUCUCUGCCGAAAUAACAUUACGCAGCUAGCUGAGGAUGACUUCAAGGAUAUCCAGGAGCUAGAGCAUCUGCUCCUGGCUGACAACCAGAUCGCGCGGAUCGAGAGGCACGCAUUCCCUAAGGGGCUCAAACACAUCCACCUGGGCAUUAAUAAAUUGCACACUCUCAACGGCGCCUUGAGGGACUUGGACCGCCUCGAGUGGAUCUUCAUUAAUGCUAAUCAUUUGAAAUCCAUUGAAAAUGAGUUGCCUGUGCGCGCCAAACGGCUGACGCUCGUUCACGCGGCCCACAACGGCCUGCGCGCGCUGCCCGGCGAGCUUUGGCGGCUGCCCGCGCUGGACUCCCUCUACGCCUACGACAACCGCAUUAGCGCGCUGGGAGGUGCCUUGGGUGACUGUCGACGCCUCGUCACACUCAGCCUGUCUUUCAAUGAUAUUCAAGAGCUGGCAUCGGAUGAAUUCGCCGGUACGGAGGCGCUGGCUGACUUGGACCUGGCCUACAAUCGGCUGAGCGCACUUAACGGCUCGCUGCGCGCACUCAAGUCCCUGCGAUACCUCAAUCUCACGCACAACGCUCUCACUCAGUUCUCGAUGCACGAGAUACGAGGCCUGCGUCGGCUCUACGUCAUCGAUUUGUCGCACAAUAAAAUAAAUCAGCUCUCGGGACAUAUCGAGAACCUAGUGGACAUCGAGACUCGCGUGUUGGAGGUCCGUCUCGACCACAACGGCCUGGAGGCCUUGGGUGGGGCCUUAGGUGGCGUACGUGGUCUACUGCGCCUCACCCUCGCCCACAAUCGGCUUCGGCACCUCACGCCUGCCGAUCUCGCCGGCCUCGAUGAGCUGCGUCUGCUCGAUGUGUCCUACAACCACAUCGUCUCUUUAGAGGACUCGUCUAAGGUACGAUUUGCUAUCCUGCCGCGCCUGGAAGAGUUGAACGCUCAUCACAAUGACAUCGUGGCGUUGAACGAGGCACUCCAUGGAUUGCCGGCACUCUGCACGGCUGAUUUCUCCCACAACCAGAUCGAGACAGUUGACAACGAGGUCGCCUCCAAGUCUCGCUGUACCAUAAACGGAGUGCCCGGUGUCCUAAAGAUUUAUCUUCAAGAUAACCCCGUGCUGUGCGAGGAACGGGUGUUCGAGUUGGCGGCUGCGGUGGAGCGGGCGGGCGCUCGUCUGAGCGGAGACGCGGUGUGCGCUGCCUCCAAAGGCCUCGAGGCGCUAAACGACGGGGGCCCCGACGCACCCGUGAUCGUCGUGGCGCGGGUGGGGCCCGCUCCGGACCCCGACCGCACCCUCGCACCGGGCCCGCUCUUCUACCGCCGAGCCCGGGACGCGCCCUGACAACCCAUCUAAUGAAGUGUGCCAAAUUAAAACACCAAAAAUGCCAUGUACAUAACGUAAGCUCAGCGUAGAGUGUAGGCUCGGGAGGAGCGUUACGCAUUUUGAAACCGGCCGAGUUUCGGUUUCGGUUUCAGUAUGUGUGUAUGUGUAUCUCAGUGUGUACAAUUCCUAUAUCUGCGUCUGUAUCUUUGAGCUUUUUUCUUCACGGGCACUUAAAAUAACAAGUAUUUCUCCUGGAAUCGAAUACCGGACCUCGGCAAAAAACUCAGCGCAAGACCGAGCGGGUUCUUACGGAGUCCUAAAAUCAUUGAAAAUAUUAGUAAGAGACGUGUAUAAUUGGUACCUAUAAUAUAGUUGAUAAGAUAAAUUAUUAUAAAGGCAAUUAACAAUACUCAACGGCUACGAUAUAAUAAUAAUAGGACAUAAAAUAAUUACUUUAAAAUUUAAACGUACUAACCGAAAAUGUAUACGCCCUUUUGAGUAUUUUAAUAAUAUAUUAAAAUUGUAUUAAAUUAAUAGAGAGAGAGAUUGAUGUCGUAGAACUUAAGGAAGUGUAUGAAAUCGGGUUUAAUAAUUAAAACGCAAAAACUUAAAAAUUAUACUUACAAAGGCCUUUGAGAAUUUAUUUGGAAAAGUAUUAAUAUUUCAAGAGUUUUCUAUUGAUAGCAAUGAAUAUAAUAGUAACGGUGAUAAGAAGAAGAGAGCCGCGUACCGAGUGAUUAUAAUUCCGUUCCUAAUGUGUACAAAACUACUUUCAUACAUUUCCAGUAGCAGCGAAGUGAGACGAGAGCUCGCCGUGGUGUUAGCUUUACUUUGAACUGUGAGUUGGCCGCGCCCUGCGACCUAAUUGUAACCAAUAAAUCAUUACCACUGC